GGCUUCCUCGGCCUUCUAACCCUUUAGCAUCGACAUUUCCUCCUGUUUCGCUGCUCCUGUUCAUUCACCCAAGCCAGGUUUCCCUCGUAAAUGUACACCUGGCGACUGCAGUUGCUGGGAACACCCGGCUGCUUUUCCCGGCACAGCAGCGAUUCCGGAGCACUGCGAUUCCCAGGUGGUAGUUCCUUUUUUCUCGCUUCUCUCUGCGUAUCCCUUUUACGCUUCGUCAAAGAGUUCUCCGCAGUUUUGCGCACCGCUUUCCCCGCUCUUUUCGGUAGUCGCAAUGGACCGACGACGGUCGCCGGCCGUCGGCCAGCGGCAGGCAUCACCCGGUCGGUCUCACACUUCUCUGUCGCCGUCGGUCUCCCGUCGGUUUUCUCCCGCGGAGAAAACUCCCCUUUCGCCUUCUGAUUGCGCGUCUGCGUCUGCGUAUCUGGAAGCCCCUAUUGUUCCGCGGCUCUCGCUCUGCAACGGCAGCGACGUCUCGUCUGUGUCUUGCGACUACGCCAACCGGGGCAGCACAGGCCAGCGUCGCUCCUCGCCCACCUCUCCCGCCUAUUCAGAACUUCAUUUCCCCCUAUCUUCUCCACAUUCACAUGCCGACGGCCAUUCAAUUGGACCGCUUUCUUUCGCCUCUGCCGCUUCUCUAUUACCGAGCGCCUCCCUCCUCCACGCAGCGAAAUGGACGACGGAAGUCUCGUCGGGUCUUGCAACCAAUUCCUCGCUGCCAAAGGAGGCCUCUCCACCUCGCGCCUUUCCCUCUGUGUCUUCCGAGUUGACGACUGAGACCUCUAGGAAACCAAGUCGGCUUUAUCCCUCGCUAGAGCCGCCUCCUUUGCCGCCUCCUGCCAUUGUGAAUCUGCAGGCCCCAGCGAAGGCAAAGCGAGGCAGCAACGCAGAGGCGACUAGGGAUGCUGACGCAGCUUUGUCUGCUCAGAAAGAAGACGAAAGCGAAUCCAGGGGAUCGCGAAGCCAUGACGGCGCGGUAGAAGAAAAGCCUCCCACGGAGAUGGGCGGAAAACCUGCGACAACGAGAGUUACCACUGCAUGCGAAGAGGAAGCGUGUACCGGAGAUAGGGGGCAAGACGAUGAAAAGGAAAACGUUGAGGACGGAAAUGCUCGCGUCGCAGGUCAGUCGUUUUCGGUGUUGCCGGCCAUCCUAGGAGCUCCUCAGUUUUCUUCAGGCAGUGGAAAACCUGGAGACGAGACUAGGCCCAAAGACGAAGACUUCGCCUCCCCCUCUCGUUUCUUCGGUGUCCCUACACCUCGACGAGGAGAUAACAGAGACGCAGACCUCCGAGGGGAGACAGCUGCGUCGCCCGUUGUCUGCCCCUUGGCUUUGUCUCCUUGUUUCUCUGGGAAUCUGCGCCGGCUGUCGACGGUCUCAGCAGCAUCGAAUGCGCCAGGAUCUCUUCUUAGGCAUCAUGUAAAGUCUCCCGCGAAAAACUCAUCUGUCCCCGAGCCAGUCUCGCUCCUUCGCGAACACACAGGUGCCUUCUUUUCUCGAGUCUCGCAUGCAGACCAGGUGACGCCGAGGCGGUCUCUGGGGAGCUGCAGAGCCGAUCACCGCGAGACGAUCUCUUCCGAGUCUUUCGAGGGCAACGAGGUUGUCGCUAGCACACUUGCCGUUCGGCAUGAAGAGAGGAAAGGAGAAGAGUUCUGCGAGUCCCUCCAGUCAUUCUUGGGGGAAAACGCUUCUCAGAGCCGGUCUGCUGACGGAAGCUCGUACUCAGCGUGCAGCUCUCCUCUCCUGCGUUCGCCUGUAUCUUUUCCCCGUUCUUCUUCCCCUCAGUCGUCUCGUUCCUCUUCGCCUCCCAAUCGUCGUAGUCCUCUCGGGGGUUUUUCGAGUAUUCAGUCUACCUUGGCCGGUACAGGUGCCGAGGAGCCUCGCAACAUCCCUUCCUCUCUGGGGAACGCCGGAGAGACAGCAGACGAACACACAGAAGACGGAGAGAACAGGAGGGAAGUCCUUCGUCAAGGCUACCACUAUCGCCCGGGGAGUCUCUCUGCGGCAUUUCGGGACUUGCAAGAAAAACAGGGAAACGUUCGCGACUUUUCUCCUUUUGCGGGUCGUUCUGAAGAAGGAAGCUCAAGUGUGAGCCUUCGUACGCAACCUGUCUCGUCACCCGACUCGGAACUCGACACCCCUGGAGAGGCCUCAGAGCAAAUCGAAGAAAAAACGAGCCAGCAGUCAGAAGCGAGAGAUCCAGGGGACGCGGGAGAAGAGACGAGAGAAGUUUCGCUCCUCUACGUUCAGGUGGAAACGCGUAUGGAGAGCGAAGAGAGGAACGGCGAGCUUUCGACUGUUGAAAGUCGCAAAGAUGUCUGGCUCCUGAAAAACAUGCGUUCUUCGCAACAGCUUAGAGAGGCGCAUGUCGGGCAGGAAGCCGAGACAGAGACAAGAAAGACAAAAGAAGGAACUGCAGAGGAGAGCAGAGCCGAUGAAGGAAAACCCGAGGAUAACAAAGCAGAAGAAGCCAACGCGGAGGAGGGAAAUACAGAGAACACAGCAGAGGAGAGACACUACAAAGAGGGAGGGGAAGGGUGCCAAAGAAAAGAGCGAAGCGAAGAGAGAGAAGGUGAGCAGUCUGUGAACGCUCAUCACAUCACGAGGGACUUCGCGACAGACUUCGAAGGGAGAGCAAAGGGAGAAAGCACGACGGAACAGGACUUCGAAUCGACCGCAGAUCGGGGGGAAGAGGCUCGAAUUCAAGCGCUGGCAGAAGAGAAAAACAAUGUCUCUGAAGAACACCCGGGUGAAAAGAAGGGAGAAGACGAAUGGUAUGACGUGUUGGACAGCUCGCUGGACGAAACGACCGCGCUGAACACCCUCAAAAACCGGUCUCCAUUUACACCUCGAAGGCGACGCCUCUUUCUUCGUCAGGCAGGCGCAGCCUCGGGUGUAUGGACACUGCACUCUCCGUCCGAAUCUGGCAGCAGAGACAGCCGAACAAGCAAACGAUGCUUUCUCGGAACGACUGUGAAAGCGCAUGCGGAAGGGAACGGUCGCGGAGACGCAGGCGAGGCAGAAGAGAGUCUGAGAGAUUCAGAGCAGGGAGGGGAGAUGCGAAAUGAGGGUACCGGCGAGCGAGAAAGGGAGAGAAAACAAAGCGGAAGCGACGGAGGCAAACAAAGGGGAGAGAUGGGCGAGAAGGGAAGACGAGCGAGCGCUCCAGAAGACACCCGACGUGAGUCGUGGUUUGGACUGAGUCCUUCUUCUCCGUCUCCCUCGCUGCCUCUCCCUUCUCGAAAGACUUCGACGGCUGCGCCUUCGUCGCUGUCGCCCGUACCUUCUCGAGACGAGGAAACAGUCCGUUGUGCAGGAAAAAAAAGGAAAUUCUCUCUCUCUUUUGGAGGCGAUGCCCUCUCUUCUUCCCCCGGCUGCGGCGCAUGCGCGACUUCUUCUCCUUUCUCGAAACAGGAGACGGCCGAGGGUCGAAAAACGCCUCUGGAGGAGUUCGCGAGUCCCGUGUCGCGUCAGACCAGCGUCAAGAAAGAGUUGUCUUCCUUUUCGUCGUCUCCGUCGAAUGCUGUUCCAGUCUCCUCUUCAGCUGCGGAUCUCACGCCAGAUGGCCCUGGGGUCUCUGAAAAUCAACGAGGGCGUCCAGAGGAAGAAGUCUGUCCAGGAGACGGAAGCCCAAAGGCGGAGGGGACUCCAAAAAAGAAGAGAGUCGAGUUCGGUUCUGCGUCCGUCGCCGUCUUUGUAGACAGUCCCAGCAGCUACAGAAGCCCGGUGCUCCCUGAUCACUCGACCCCCCUCUCUGACCAGGGAUGCGAGCUCGGAACUUCUCCUUCCUCUGCCUCCGUUUCUUCUUCUGCCUGUCCCCCCGCUGUUUCUGCUUCUUGUCUCUCUUCUUCGCUGAUUGGACCGCCUCGGCCCUCUCCCUUCGAGGAGCUCAAGAAAGCGGCGCGGUGCGACCGUGCGGCAGGCGCAGUGAAUCUCCCUGCACCUUCGGGGCCUCCCUCUGCUCUCUCUUCGCUCUCUUUUCCUUCUCCUCUCCCUCUUCUCUCGCCGGUCUCGUGUGAAGUGGAGAAGCCGAGGGCGGAAGCUGCACCAGAGGGAAACGAGGAGAGCGAGAUACCUUUUCUCGGAGACACAGAGACAGAGACGCUUGUGCAAGAGGGAGAAAACAACACGAUUUCAAAGAGAGUCGACAAGGGUGUACAGACACCUGAGAAGACAAGGGAAUCCGCUUCAGAUAUGCAUGCGGAAGUCUCGCCAACCGCGUUGUCCCAACGUCGAGUUCCCGUUUUUGUUCUCCCGACGCUCGACGAGGCAGGGCCAGAGACUCGACAUCGUUCUCCGACGUCUCUUCUUUCUUCUCUAUCGGGCUCCGUUCAGGUCCUCUCUGUCUCUCCAGAUCUUCUGACUGUGCCGGAGAAACCUCAGCAGCCAGACAGAGGGCCGUCUCCUUCUCUCUUUCGGCCCUCACCUCCGGUUCUCCUUCCUUCCUCGCCUUCACUGCUGCUAUCGGAUUCGUCGCCUUUCUCUGCUCAACCAACGUCUUCUGCGGGUCCUCUGCAAGUCGCACCUCGUUCUGCAGAAACGGCUGCGGUUGCGGCUACGCCUCUUUUUUCUGUGGUAGACGACGCGAGUUCUCGGCGUCCUCCCGUCUCUGUUGACGUAGCUUCCUCUGCGUCAUUGGGUCCUGCAUCUCCCUCUCUCUGUGUUCAUCGAGAAACUCCCCCUCAGACUCUCACGCAGUCUCCCUCUGCUCUUCUUCCUUCGUUUCCUUCUUCCUCUUUCCCCCGACCCUCUUCUUCUCCUUUAGCCUCUUCUUCUCCCGUACCUUCACCUUCUUCUCCCCUACCUUCACCUUCUUCUCCCCUACCUUCAUCUUCUUCUCCCGUACCUUCACCUUCUUCUCCCCUACCUUCAUCUUCUUCUCCCCUACCUUCAUCUUCUUCUCCCCUACCUUCAUCUUCUUCUCCCCUACCUUCAUCUUCUUCUCCCCUACCUUCAUCUUCUUCUCCCCUACCUUCACCUUCUUCUCCCCUACCGUCUUUUUCUUCUCGCGUACGCGCUUCUUGUUCGCCUUUAGCGUCUUCUCCUCUGCCUGUGUCUCCGCUUCCUUCUUCUCCGUUGCCUGCUAGUCGCGGGUCUGCGUGUCUUCCUUCUCUUUCGGGUGCCUCCGUUGCGCGAGCGGCGUCUUCGACUUCCUCUGUUUCUUCUUCUCUCUCGUCACCCCUGUCUCCGUUCGCGGCUCUCGACCCUCUGAACGGCGACGAUCCUUUGUCUCCCCGUCUCCUUUUCGCCGCGGAAGACGGCUCGCGGCGUCUGGGGACGCUCUCCUCUCUUGGAGACUACUUGUCCUCAGUUCGAUCUCGUUUGCUGCUCUGCGGUGAGAAGCAAACUGAGUCCCGGGAGGAGGAAGCUACGGAAGGCCAGGCGCCGAACCGGAUGCAGGAAACGGAGCAGGAAGAGGAGGAAGAGAAAGACGUACAACAUCCCGAGAGCGAAGAAGAGAAGGAGGAACGAAACGGUUUCUGUUUCGACGGAGAAGGCGGCGAAGCAACGCACUUGAGAUCAAGACAGGCAAAUGAGGAAACUGCAGAGGAAGCAGAGGAGACUGGAAGGGAAGCAGAGGAGAAGGCAAAAGAGACAGAGAAGAAAGGAGAGGAGACGAAGGAAACGGAGACAGAGGAAGGUCAAGCAGAAGAGGCAGAGGAGACGUCUGGGGCCAAUGUUGAGCGAGAGCCUGGAGGAGAGGGUGAAGGCGAGUCUUCUUCGUUUUUCUCAGGAGCUGACAUUGCCGUGGAGGACGAACUGCACGCGAAGGAGGAAGAAAAUCGACAAGAAAAUGCUUCCGAUGCCCACUUGAACGUGGAAGAGGUAGCCGUCUACGAAGAGCGGCCCUCUCUGUCGGAAGGCGAGGAGGAGAGAAGCGGCGAAGAUCUGCAACGGGGUCUUUCGCCCACGCAGUGUCUCGACAGCAGACUGUCAUCAGAAGUUUCUUCUCCUCUCGCUUUUCCGGAAAGAGAGCUGGCGACACGAUGCUCGACGGCGACCGGCGAGGAAGAAGUCGAGAGAGGAAUCAGUGAAGCAGCCUCAGGAAACGAUGCUGGAAGAGAGGACGCUGGAGGCGACAGAGAGUGCAGUCCACAGGCACAGGAACGGCGCGAAGCGACAGAAAGGAAGGAAGCCGACUUCGAGGAAGGUUCAACGCAGAGAGUCGCCUGUUUUUCCGUGGAGAAGAAUUUCGAAGAAGAAACGAUGGAGAAACGCAUUUCUUUCGAGAGCUCUUUCACAGAGACAGCGUCGAAGACAAAGGAGGAGAAGCUCCUGACUUUCUCACAGUUUAUCGAGACAGAAGGCGGAGGCACGUCGUUUUUGCAAGAAGAAAUGCUGGAAGAAAUUCCUUUCUCCACGACCGCCUCCAGUGCCUCUUGGCUGUCGGCUGUCCGCCAGCUAGCUUCGUCUUGGUCUCGAGAAUCUCUCCUGCAAGGAGAGACGGAGAAAGACGCGACGAAGACGAGCGCAGAGUGGAAGAAAUUGUGCGUCGCCACUCUCGCGCGUGUCUACGAAGCAGAAGAGAAUCUUCUUGAGGAGGCCUCGCGUCUCUGCGAGGCGUCGCAGACGUUCGUGGACGCAGUGGCACCACGGCCGCCGACGGAGGAAGAAGUCCAUCGCCUGGCGAGCGAACCGUGGGGCUCCGAGAUCUCUUUGACAGUGGAGGAGAGCGAGAGGACACUGCAAGAGAAAGUGCAGCGACUGCGAGACAGAGGCGAAGAAGUGAACUCUCUCAUUAGCCAACUUCAGCAGACCGAGCGAGAAACUGAGAGGCGAGUCGAGGAACUUCUCCACUUUUCUUCCUCGAAUGAGGAUCUUCAGCUUUUGGCGGAGAUUCGUCGCCAGCAGGGCAUCGUCGCGGCCUUCGAGCAGAUGAGCAGCAUGGAGAUUCUCCACUUCAACUCUCGGGGUCUCCUCGUGUCUCUGUCCUGGCCCAAGAGCGCGUUGCCUCUCCUUUCUUCGUCGCGCACAGUGUACCUUUCUGGAGAUACCAGCCAGCACUGGUUUCCUCUCUCGUCCGCAGUCUUCGAAAGAGAAAAAGCCUUCGAGACAGAGGGAGAACGCGCCUCCGACACCGUAUGCCCUUCCGGCGUCGAGAUCGACGGCGUCGCAGGCCUUGCCGCCAACUCCCGCAGCUUCACCAAAGCCGCAGAUGUUGCUCGUUCUGCCACAAUGCCGUUGCCUCUCCCUGUUUGCUCCAGGAACCCCUCUGUCGCUUCCCCACUGCUCCACGCUUCUUCUUCGCUCGCAUGGCCGCCGCCGACGAAGGUUUGUAUCCUGUGGCGUCCGCCAGCUGCAGGACUCUGCGGAGUGGACGGGAGAGUCGACUCGGCCGCCUGUGCGUACGAAGACGAAGAGAGAGAGGAGACGCUGUCUUCUCUCGUUGUCGGCAGACUUGGCGAGGAAGGGAAGAGCGCCUCUUUCGGGAGUGCAUGCGAACAGGGCGAGAGCGGCAUUCUGCGUUUGCAGAAAAUGGGCGAUUCUCUCCGGAUGAGAAGAACGGAGAAAAAAAGCGAGGAGACUCGACGUAUCGGGACCCAAAACGGGGCCCACGCGGCUCGAGAGAGCUCGAGGGCAGGGAGCAACGAGAAAGAAGGCGAGUCUCGUCGCGCGGUCUCCUCUUCCUCAUCGCAUGCGCUGCCUCCUAGUCUCAGAAGGAGCAACAGAGAGAACAAGGAGAAGGAGAACGGGGUCGCGAGAGCAGAGAGACAGAAGAAGAGAUUCGCGGAACUCUGCGAAGCUCGACUCGUCACUCGCUUCCCCUUCCUCGCUGCCCAGAAAGAAAAGAAGAGUAUUCAGAGAACAACGGAGAAGGAAGAACGAGCAGAAAAACGACGACGCUUCUUUUCCGGCGACAUGCGCGCAGCCUCGCAGUUCCGCUUGUCCUCGAAGAAAAACCGAAUGGAGCAGAAAACUGCGGUGUCUGUACACGAACGGUGGCGCGUCGAGAUGGACCGUUUCCGCCGCAGAGCCCUGCAGCUCGCGCAGCAAGAUCUGACUGAACUUCUUCUUGUUCUUCAGCCGUCUCUCCUGUCUUCUUCUCUCAAUGGGAUUCCCCCAGCAGCUUUCUCUGGAUGUUCAAAUACAGCCGAGGGGCGACACACAGAACGGAGAAACUCGCUUUCCUCGUCGCUGGCUGCCUCAGCUAGUCGCCGAACGAGUGUGUGUACACUCGGUUCCUCCCUCGAGCUCCCGUCCUCCGUCGCAGCGUCCACUUCGCCUCUGCUGCAUGCGGCGAACGACUCGCGCGAAGGCGGACACCGAGUUGCGGAGUCGUCUCUUCCUCGCAGAUGCCUUCAGGAGCUCAAGACGAACGAAGGAGUCUCCUCAGAUCCUUCAGAGGCUGCGUGCGUCGCGCGCGCGUCUGGGCAACCCCCCGCAGGCUUCUUCCCCGACAUGUGGAGUGUACGUACACUGCUCCUGCAGGCGCACACGGCGGUCGGGCGCGUCGCGCUUCUCCACGACCAGUUUCUCCUCUUUCUUUUGCGGUUCCGGACGUUGACGCAAGUGUCUUAUCUCUGCAGGAAGAGGAGUGACUCUUCACGGCACCCGGGAAGCGAGCAGAAAGAGGACGACUCCGGAGAAGGGAGAGCGCGCCGAAACGAACGAGAAGAUAUGCUCGCAGUUCGAACGGCUCUGACUCCGCAAGACGCUGAAAUGCCUUCUUUGUGGCUGUGCAUCGAGAUUGACUUGUGCGAAGCUAUGCAGCAAGGCUCCCUGAUCCUUGGAGUCAAGGACGUCUCUGUUGAGCCCAUAGAUGAAGAAGAUCGACGAUUUCCAGACUUUCAACAUGCAUCCCGCAACCUUCUCCAGUGUCUGCAAGACCAUCUAAACUCUCUUUGGACAGCAGGUGGUAGCCUCUCGUCUGUGGGCGAAGCAGCCGCCUUCAGGGACGAGGUUUUUCUUCAGUGGAUUCUCCACUCUGCAAUCGAAUGCGGUUAUGACAGAACGCUGUGGCUGGCCGCCUCGUCCACGUCGAUCUCUUCUCUCUUUCAGAAGAAACGCGUUCUGGAGGAGCUUCGCGGAGAGAAAAGAAGUCUCUUGAAAGCAAAAUGAGAUGUGGAGACAGCCGAGCAACGAAGCGAGAGAACCGAAACGUCGCAACUGUGUCGCAGGCAGACCUACAACGGUCAGGAGACCGGAGAAUGUGGAGAAAAAGAAGAGAGGUGGAGAAGAAAGAAGAAACGCAAAAAGGAGAAGAACGAAGCGGGAGAGAGGGAGGCAGUUGAAGCCUGGAGGUCGUUGAAUUCUACCCGCAAUGGUUGAAUGUUUUCUUGCGUCUUCACAGAACGUUGCGGCUUUUCCUCCAGUCUCCUACGCGUGUUUCUGUCUAUAUUUCGUUCUUUCGAGACCAGCAUGCAUCAUAAAAGGGAAGAUCUGUGAUCUGUGCGAUGUCUGUAUGGAAAGAAAAGCGACUUGCAUCUGAAGGAAGCAACAUCCUGGUAAAAACGAAGGAUUUUUCGUGUGUCGGUUCGAGAGAAGACGCACUUUUUGCGGUUUGCAAGUCCAUGUCAACGCGAGAAAAAAAUCUGAUGUUCCCUGUCUCUCUUGAAAGACAGGUUUCUAUUGUUCUGGCUGAGAGACCGAAACGGCGUAGUCUCGGCUUCAGUUUAGGUUUUUUUCUUUUCAGUUUUCCGUGCUCUCUGACUAAAAGGGCCGUUUGUUUUCUCGUGUACAGAAAUGCGAGCACCUCUGUUUUCUCCUCUCGUCAUGCUUUCCCAGUUUGUGUGUCGUAAAGCGUUUCGCGUUGUGUAUUCAAAUCAAGGGGAAUAGAUUCUUGUGCAUGCAGAGAAUUGUUCAGCGCACUGGAAUUUGGCGAGGCCACAGACGUCCAUUUUUUUGCUCGAGAUGUUCCAACUGUCGAGACGUCUCGCUUCUCUGGUUGUUUCGGAUGCACCUCUCGCGC